CCACCUCCGCUAUCUGUUCAGUUUUCCUUUCAUCAAUUCUUCAUUCCUUCCGAAACAACAGCCUGCAAAUGUAGGAGAAAUUCCUGGUGGAGAUACGAGCAAAGAUGAGGCUUCCAUAGAAAAAGAUGAUGAUGGGGCCCAGGAUCCAGAAGAUAUUGAUAAAAGGAAAACUGAACAGAUAGCGGAGGUGGCUAAGAAAUUGGAGGAACGACCUCUUGCCAAAGCUCAAGAGCAACUAGAGGAGCGCCAAAACCCUCAUACAGACACAGAAAGACAAGAUAGCACAGUGCAAAGAAAGGCCCCCAAUGAGGCGCCUAUUAUAGAUGUGAAACCAGUUCUUAAUGAGGAUGACCGAGAGUUGGAUCGAGUCGAAGCCCUUUUAUGUGAAACGCAUAGAAGAUUCUAUGAGAGGUAUGAUGCACAUCUUCAGGGACACUUUCCAUUACUUCCCGAUGUUUCGCCGGGUACUGCUAAAGCGGAGAUGGCGCUUAAAAGGGGUAAUAUCUUUGUCGUCGAAAUGAAGUGGUUCGACAACUCAAUAAUCAGAUGGCGAAGGCAACCUGAGAAGGAUUACCUGAUCGAUCGAAAGCGGGGUACCCCUCGUUCCAUAACUCCAGAAAUCAUGGGCCGUUCAGAAGGAAAAUUUUCAGAGAGUUCAAAUACCCUACAACAAACAUUACAGCCAUCAGAUGUUACAGAUCAGGUCAGUGCUCUUGAAGGAGCUGGUGGAGACGGCACCAACGGAAAAUCCAGCCAUUCCAAAGACUCUCAGGAAAAGGUCAAUCAGGGCGAUGGUGCCGACUCACUAGCUGGAGAGGAAGAGGCAGGAGAAGUGGAAGCAAUGGAGCUCAAUAUUGAUUGGGCCCAAAUUGAUAAGGAGCUGGAAGAUGAGUUGGGCAGCGACAUCGAUGAAGAAAGUGAAACUGGUUCCCAUGCAGGAGUGCUCACGGACGAUGGAACUCCUGACGAUAUGGAGGACGUCAAGAGCACCUCUCGGGGGAUCAAGAGGCGGCGAAGUCAAACAUCCACUCCCACUACGCCAUCAAAACUGCGCCUGUCCACAACCAUACCAUAUAAAGAAGGGACACCUUCUCCGCCUAAUUCUAAAAAGAAGAGAGUAGAAGAAAUUGUAAAGGAAAAACCUAAUACAGAUGGAGCUGGGAGGAAAGAUGAACAGUCAACAGAGUCAGGCCCUAGCCAGGAUGACGCAUCAAUCAGUAAUACUCAAGGCCCAAAUGACACUGAAGAAGAUGACGAUGACGACGAUUUUCUAGCUAGAGAAAUGGCCGAGGGUGGUGAAACGGACGAGUGGGACUCAUCUGAUGAUGCCUGA